AUGGCCAUGGCUCGCUCUGCUUUCGUCUUGUUCAUGACCCUGGCUCUUGUCGCCGGCUCGGCUCUGGCUCAGCAGCAGCAGAACCAGAAUCAGGCUCAGGCUCCAACCCAGGCUAAGAACCAGGCUCAGGCUCCCUCGGCCACCCCAACCUCCUCUCCCACCCAACCGCCAACCUCCGCCAACGCCCAGUCACCAACCGCCAAGUCCCCAACCGCCAAGUCCCCAACCGCCACCCCACCAACCUCCACCCCACCCCCAGCUGCCAAGAUCCCAACCGCCACCCCCGCCGCCACUCCCUCGGCUUCCACCCAGGCGCCUCAGGCCUCCUCUCCUUCCUCCGCUCCAACCACCUCAUCCUCCGCCCCGACCACCUCCUCAUCCGCCCCCACCACAUCGACCUCCGCCCCCACCACCUCGACCUCCGCCCCCACCACCUCGACCUCCGCUCCAUCCUCCGACUCUCCAUCCGGAGGCUCUCCCCCGGCACCACCCACUUCCUCGACAUCGGCUUCCAGUCCGGCCACCGCCCCGGCGGGCGCCGCUACCACUCCGGCUGAGGCUCCGGCAUCGCCCUCUGGAGCAGUCAUGAACAGAGUCUAUGCUGCCGGAUCUGUGGCCGCGGCCGUCAUUGCAACGUCGUUUUUGGUCUAG